AUGACUCAAAGCUACCCUCACUUUGCUUUUGUCUACUUCAGUAGUGGUUACCCGGUGUCGUUUCAAUUUAGGUUCUCGCACGACACACCAUCCGCUGAGCUAAUUCCGACACUGAACUCUCUCUUGCAAUAUCCAAAAAAUCGGAAGGUGGUCAAGCUUGAGUAUCGUUCACCUUCACUUGAUGCCGAAGAAAACGUCAAGUUCACCCCAUUUGAUCAAGAACGACGACAAUUUAGAGGGUUGGAUCACGGAAGUGGUUCUCUGGUGAAGUCCAUUGACAGGAAUCACUUAUUGGAAGCCUGGCUUGAAGGGUUUUAUGGACAAUCAACACCACAAAGGACCAAAUUGAAUCCUGCUAUUAACAUAAGAACAGUCUUCAUUCCCAACAAUUGA